UAAGCCAAUGGCAGUAGAGGGGCUAUUGUUACGGUACCAACAAGGCAAGUGUAUUAGCGAGUCCCUGGUCUCUUACUGCCCUUCGGCCAAGCUCCACUUCCGGCAAAGAGAUACCGGCCCGAUGCUGCAUGCUCUCGGCAUCCUAGUAUAGACAAAGGCAAUGUCGACGAUGAUGUUAAAACUGUUAGGUCCACCACACGAAGGUCUCGGGUGGUCAUAACAAUGCCGGGCACGCCAGACUUGCUAAUAUGUACGGCAUGCGGCACGCAGUUCGACCUCCCCACGAAUGAGCCGCCCAAAGGCUGCCGCAUCUGUGAUGACCCACGCCAGUUCAUCCCACCUGGCGGCCAGACAUGGACGACCCUCGCCCAAAUGCAGGGUAAAUACCGCAACAGUUACAAACAAUUAGGCGACAAUAAUAAUGAAGACCGUAUGUUCUCCAUCUGGACCGAGCCAAAGUUCGGGAUUGGCCAAAGGUGUAUCCUUCUUCAAACCGAUCAUGGCAAUGUACUAUGGGACUGCAUUACUUACCUAGACGACGAAACCGUGAACUUCAUCAGAGAGAAGGGUGGGUUGAAAGCGAUCGUCAUCAGUCAUCCGCACUACUAUACUACCCACCUUGACUGGGCAGCCGAGUUCGAUUGCCCGGUCUACAUUGCGAAAGACGAUGACGAGUGGCUCCAUCGUGCCGACAAAGAAACCCGCCGUAGGUUUAUUGCUGGCGACUCCGAGGAGGUCUUAGGCGGCGUAUACGCUGUGAAGACUGGUGGCCACUUUCCGGGCAGCCUUGUUCUGAACUGGUCGAAAAAGCUUCUGAUCGCCGAUAGCUUCGUUACCACGCCUUCUGCUCUCUAUCAUAUCGACCGGUUACCAGGCACGACAUCAUAUGCGUUUAUGUGGGCGGUUCCAAAUAUGAUCCCCUUGCCACCAGCUGUCUUGCACGAGAUGUGGCAGCGCGUGCAACCUUUCGAUUUCGAGAGCACGCAUGGCGCGUUCGUUGGGCAGGAGGUUAGGGACAAGCACGUCAAGAAGCGGGUGUUAGAGAGCAUGAAGAUUCAGACCAAAGCCAUGGGUUGGGAUGAGCAUCCUCUUCUGCAGGAAAGUUGGCCAUGAUCGUAAGAAUACUGUCUCGGCCUGCGUGGAGACUCGAGUCGUGUUCAUGUCCAUCAACCAUUAUCCGAGGUUUCCGUACCGCCACACAUAGCUCGAUAGAGCUUGACUCCGUAAUGUUCGUACCACUAUGCGGGUGGCACUCCGUUGAUACUGGGCAGCACACCGCCAAACCCGCCUGUCGAGCCGAAGCCGCCCGCGCCUCGAACAGUCUCAUCAAGUUCCGCGACCACGACAACCUCGGGGGUGUAUCCUCUCCAGUAUCAGCUGUGCAACCCGUUCACCGACGGCCACCUUGAAGUCGUGGUCACUGAAGUUGAAGAGUAACACCUUCACUGGUCCCCUAUAAUCGGCAUCGAUGACGCCUGCGCCAGUGUC